UCCUUCUCGCCGAUUUGCUGCUGAUGGUGUUUUCAACUUUUCGCAAAGUUGAAAAUUGCUCGGUUUAUGGUGAAAAUAUAACUGUAAGAUGUUAAAACUAUUGUUAUCGGGUUCUCGUACGUUUCAUCCAUUUCAGAGCCAUCAGCAUCCGAAUCAUUUGCUGAAGCAGUCUCUCCAAACGUACGUGUUCCGCCGAAAUGAGCUACUGGACGCCGGCAAAAGUGCACUGCGGCAUCGCAUUCGCCUUCAGGAGCGAAAUUGGAUGACGACAGGGGCCAAACCACAGCAGCAGCAAGUCGUGCGAACCGGGGAAAGGAGCUCAAGGGUUCUGAGGUUACUGCUGGCAGGAACCGCCGUGAGUGUCACCGUAGGGUAUCAAUGCCGCCGGUGGUUCGUGCAUUGUGAAGCGGCUGUUGUAAACAACCGGCUGGUGGGACAGAAGGUUCCGGGAGCAGGAGAUGGGAUCAAAUUUGACUGGAGGAAAUUUUGGAGCUAUUUGAGACCGCACCUGGUGAAACUGAUUGGGGCGAUUAUGGCGGCGCUGGCCGUGGCCUAUUUUAAUAUUCAGAUUCCCAACAUGCUGGGAGUAGUGGUGAAUACGCUGUCGAAAUAUGCCAGGACGAGUUUGAGCGACAUUGAUUCUUCAACGUUCAUGAACGAAAUGAAACUGCCAUCGCUGCGACUGUUCGGUAUGUACAUUGCCCAAGCCGGAUUCACAUUCGUCUACAUUUUGCUGCUGAGUCAGAUAGGCGAACAGAUGGCCGCGAAGAUCCGACAGGAUCUGUUCAAGCAGAUCAUCAUCCAGGAUCUGGAGUUCUUCGACGAAAACCGAACCGGAGAGUUGGUCAACCGGUUGACGGCCGACGUGCAAGACUUCAAAUCUAGCUUCAAGCAAUGCAUCUCGCAAGGAUUACGGUCAUUUGCCCAGCUGAUCGGAGGUGGCAUAUCGUUGUUCCUUAUCUCGCCACAGCUGGCCAGUAUCGCUUUGGUAUCGGUCCCUGCCGCGGUGGCAAUGUUCUCCUUUCUUGGAAAGUCUUUGAGAGCGCUGAGCAAGAAGAGUCAAGCCCAAUCGGAACGAGCGACUUCAGUGAGUGAGGAAGCGCUGUCCAACAUCAGAACUGUCCGCUCCAGUGCAUGCGAGUUUGCCGAAGUUGAACUGUUCCGGCAGGAAACGGAAAAGGCAGCUGAGCUGUCCCAGCAGCUGGGUGUUGGAAUCGCAGUCUUUCAGGCACUGACUAAUUUAUUCCUGAACGGCAUGGUGCUAACGACGCUGGUUCUCGGUGGGCAUUUCAUGUCUAAUAGUUCAAUAAGUGCCGGAGAUUUGAUGGCAUUCUUGGUUGCAUCUCAAGGUGUUCAACGCUCUCUUGCCCAAGGCUCUAUUCUGCUUGGAUCCGUAAUCCGUGGAAUGACAGCCGGCACCCGUGUAUUCGUACUCUCGGUUCAGCCUAAAGUAGAUCUCAAAUACGGACAAAUCAUUCCCGAGUCGGAAAUUCGUGGCGAAAUCCGAUUCGAAAACGUGUCUUUCACGUAUCCUUCCCGACCCAAUCAUCCUGUUCUCAAAAACUUUUCGCUUGUCCUGAAACCUGGACAAACUGUGGCCCUGGUGGGAGCCAGUGGCUCAGGGAAAUCGACCAUUGCUUCGCUUCUGGAGCGAUUUUACGAGCCAACCGGUGGCCGCAUCACCAUAGAUGGUUAUGAACUCUCACAAUUGUCGCCUUAUUGGCUCCGAGGCCACCUGAUAGGAUUCAUCGAACAGCAACCGAUACUGUUCGGAACGUCCAUCUACGAGAACAUACGCUACGGCCGUCCAGAGGCGUCACAAGCGGAAGUCCUGGAAGCGGCCAAGCUGUCUCAGUCGCAUCAGUUUGUGAGCAAAUUGCCUGAGGGCUACGAGACGCCAGUUGGCGAAAGGGGCAUCCAACUGAGUGGUGGCCAACGGCAAAGGAUAGCAAUAGCUAGAGCUUUGCUCAAACAGCCCUCGGUGUUGAUCUUGGACGAGGCUACCAGUGCAUUAGAUGCUUCCAGUGAGGCCAUCGUGCAGAAAGCCCUUGAUGCAGCGGUAGUCGACAGAACUACGCUGGUUAUUGCCCACCGGCUAUCAACCAUCAGGAACGCGGAUGUGAUUGUGGUGCUGGAAAAAGGCCGAAUAGUAGAGAUUGGCAAUCAUGAUGCGCUGCUGCGCAAGAAGGGCUACUACUUUGAACUGGUCAAACAGCAAGAACGGGAACAACGCGAGGAACAACAGCAAAGGGCCUACGGAUAAGGUAAGCGUUUAGAAAAAUGAUUCACUGAAGCAAUCAGUCUAAAAAUUGUCUAGAAGCUAUCAAAGUUACUUAGGUUUGUAGGAAACAAAAUGACAGUUAUGGUGUAGCAAUAUCAAGAAUGAAAUCAGCAAAAAACAA